AUGAGGAUGGUAAAAGCAAACAGCGGACAUAAUUUCGAACUUCUUCAAGAGAAGCUUGAUAAACAGACGGAUGCAUUGGAACGUAAAAUGUUAGAUGUAAAGCCGUGGUAUUUACAAGGUGAAGUUGCAGCUACUAAACGAAAUGAGAAUACCUUGCUUGAAGAACACUUUGACGUACAACGCCACGGUCUUUUCAAGCCAGAUGUUCAUGAUGAAGCUGCUAUAAAUGACUACAUUAUAAAAGCCAUCAAAGAAAGAAUGUUUGACAGUCCUGUUUUCAAAGUUAAGGAAUUUAAAGGGCCUUCUAAGGAAAUCCCAUUACAAAAUGUUGUUCAGAAGUCACUGGUAGAAGAGUAUGAAAGUUUUCUCAAAAGAAAUCAGAUUCUUGAAGAAGACCAAGGAGACCCUCAAAAGAAUGCAAUCCAAGCUGAAAUGUUGGAGCUCUUCGACAAGUUAGAUAGACUUUCUAGUCUCCAUUUUGUGCCACAUAAGUACAUACCCGCUUCCACGUCUGCUAAGAAUGAUGCAGCAUCAAAAUUAGAAGAACCUGGACCUACAGUCGUUUCAACAGCCAAUCUCCUAGCUCCAGAAGAGAUUUGCCCACCAAGAGGUGAAAUACUUAUUGGUAAAAAUGAGCGCACUCUUGCUGACCGUCGGCGACAUCGUCGAAAACUAAUGAGGAUAAGAUCGAAACAACUUAAUCCCCCGAAGAAGGGGAAAGUAAAUGAACAGCAAAUGGCCAUGGCCAAAGUAACCAAAAUGGCACAUCGACCGAAUUCUAACAUUAAAAUUGUAAAGUAA